CUUUAAAUAGUCUAUUAAUAAAAAGGCUUCACAGAGCUCGGCUUGCUCAGUCAGUGCUGCGAGGACCGCGAAACCAGUCGCGGCCUGUUGCGUUACUUAACAACGUCAUUAACAAAGCAUAUUAAAAUGCGGUCACUACAUCUUCUUAUUGGAUUGGCUGUUAUUAUCACAUCAAGAGCAGCUACACCUGAGUUACGUUUCGCAUGGAAACAAGUCGAUUAUGUUUGGGAAACCCCAGAACAAAAAGAAACAGCUGUUAAGGAUGGCACUUUCGUUCAAGCCACCAAUUUACCGCUGGGCUUAGCGAGGUGGAAAAAUAAGUUAUUUGUGACAGUUCCAAGAUGGAAGAACGGUGUGGCGUCAUCUUUGAAUUAUGUAGAUGUAGACGGAGCCCAAGAUCAGCUACUCAAACCUUAUCCAUCUUUAAAAGAUAAUUUAGUACCUGACACUGCUAAAGAACUUCCAUCAAACAGUUCCAUCAUUUCAGUUUUUCGCGUAUUUGUUGAUGCGUGCGACAGACUUUGGGUCAUGGACUCAGGAUUAGCUGAUAUAUUAGGGUCACCGAACCAAGUAGCCGGACCAUCGAUCGUUGUAUUUGAUCUUAACACUGACCAACUUUUACAUCGGUAUUUCUUUAAGGUCACCGAUAUGAAAGAGGAUUCGUUCUUCGCGAAUAUUGUUGUAGACGUUGAUAAGGAUUCAUGCGACAGUGCCUUUGCCUACGUUCCGGAUCUAGGAGGCUACGGUGUUGUCGUGUACAGCCUAAAGGACAACGACUCCUGGCGCGUGUCCCAUCACUAUUUCCAUUUCGAGCCCUUGUCUGGUUCUUUCAACGUGAGUGGCAUUGAAUUCCACUGGACUGAUGGCGUAUUCAGCCUGGCUUUAUCUGAACCGAGGGAUAAUGGGUAUCGUACGAUGUUCUUCCACGCAUUCGCCAGUACGAAAGAAUUCUGUGUGUCCACGGAGCUGUUGCGUAACUACUCACACAUUGACAAGAACGAAGCCUUCCAUGAUUUCAAGUUACUUGGCGACCGCGGGGCAAACACUCAAGCAUCAGCCAGCUUCUACGACACGAAAAAUCAUGUUCUAUUUUAUACACAGGUAAACCGAGAUGGAGUCGGCUGCUGGAAUUCAAACAAACCGUACUCACCAGAAACGAAUCCAUUGAUUAUUAAUGAUCCGGAACUGUAUGAGUUUCCAAAUGAUCUCAAGGUUGACGAUGAAGAUACUCUGUGGAUUCUUAGCGACAAGCUGCCCCGGUACAUGUUCAAGUCUUUAGACGCAAACGAAGUAAACUACAGAAUAUUUAGCAUCAACGUUAAAGAUGCGAUUGCUGGGACCGCCUGUGAAUGAUUUAUUUGUAACUGUGUACUAUGUACACCUGUAUGUAUUAAUGUAAUUUUACGUAAUAAAACCAUAAGUACA